AUGCCUUGCUGCUUCGCGACCCUCAAGUUCCGGCAAUGCGGCCACUCCAUGUUGUUCAAGCUUGGCUGCAGUAAGUCGGAAUGCGCCGAGAUAUGCCCAAGCAAACGACGUCAGUUCCUCCUGCAGACGGAGUACAUGUGGCGCUGCGAGGACUGCGUCGAGUUCGAGUACAAGCAAUCCUCGGACCUCAAGGCCAGCGAGUGGGACACAUACUACGCGAGGAUCAGAUCCAACCGUUUCCUGUCCCCAGAGAACCGAGAGUCGCUCACCCUGACAGCGAGAAACAGGGAGAUUCGCCAGGAGGCCGCCCGGGACCAGCGCAGGAGCGGCUGCGUGGAGGAGAUCCAGCGCGUCGUCGACUGGGUUGAGGAGUACGGAGGCCUGGUGUGGGAUCUCGUCUAUGGGCAUAAGCGUGACUUCGAGGAGUCGAAGAACCGCCUCCAGUUCCUGAGAGCAGCUAAAUACUGGGAUCUCAUUGUCGUUCUCGACUAUGUGAGGAAGGCGAGAGAUCCGUGGGACAAGGAGAAUUUCCCAAAUUGGAUCGAUAACCUGAUCCAGGAAAUACGCGGGAUAAGACCAGCUACACCGGCAGCCGGUCCCGAAACUCCAAGAAGCGCCGGAGGGUCCUCGGCUCUUCCGGCUUUUCGGGGGUUCCAGUCGGGGAUGUGCAGGAUGGCCGCCCUGGACGAGGCGGCGGAACUGACCCAGAGGAUGACCGAUAUUGACAUUCAGGGCUCCGGAUCAAGUUCUGACAUCACCUCCGAAUCAAGUUCUGACAUCGCCUCCGAAUCAAAUUACGUUCUAGAGUCGGGGCCUGCCAGAAAGAUGUCUCCAGACGAGAUUCCUAGGUCAUUACCGAACGAGCCGAGCGGACUUUACGACCCUAACGAUUAUCUUUCCAUAUUGUUCAACGCGGACGUGGUAAUGAAAGAUGACGAUGCUUCGUCAAUUCUGAGCACCGAUAAAGAAGAGCCCGACUACAUCUCGUAG